AUGGCCGCACUCGCGCACAUGCAGACCGCCAACCCGCUCACCCAGCAACUCCACGUCGCGCUCGACACAGGUCUCACAGCAAGCCAGGUCGAGGAAAACCAGCGCAAGUAUGGCAAGAACGGUGCGUGCGGACUGUACAAACUCAUCCUCACGGUAGCUGACAACGACUCUUUCCGUCGCAUUCCUGUCCCGACCCCACUGCCGAUUCAACUUCCCUCCUUACGCGCCUACAGUGCUUCCGGAAGAGCCUUCUCCAUCACUCCGGAAUCUUGCUUGUCCUGGCGUACCUCGAGGAGGGUGAGGACAAGGCGACCCGCCUAUGUCAAACCGAUUGUCAUCCUCGCCAUCUUGAUUGCAAAUGCAUGGGUCGGUGUUGUACAGGAGACGAACGCCGAAAAGGCCAUCGAGGCCUUGAUGGAGUACUCGCCUGACGAAGCCAAGGUCAUUCGCGACGGACGAGUGCAGAAGAUCCACGCCGUCGACCUCGUUCUGAGUGAUGUCAUUUCACUUGUGGUGGGCGACAAGGUCCCUACUGACAGCUGCAUCAUCAGCAUCAGCUCGGCGAGCUUCACGGUCGACCAGGUGCCGUUGACAGGUGAGAGCUACAGCAAUCCUUGGGUUGCCAAGAGGCUGCUAUAUGGCAUGGCUGUAAUUGCAGCAGGAGUAGCGAGCAGGACACAGGCUGUCUUUGUGCCAGGUUUGUGUCCCCAGCCUUCCACUCCUCUUUACAGUACCUUCACCUUGUUCCUCUGUUCCCUCAUCACUUCUUCUCUUUUUUCCAGACUACAUCUUCCCUCACUUGGAAUACAACAUGCGAAUCACUGUUAUUGCAAUCUCCGAAGGAAUUGCUCUUUGCGAGGUAGGGGAUUCUCCCAAGCUGGCGGUUUACCCCGGAUGCAGGCACAGGAACGCGCUCUUUUUGGAGAUACUGAUGCGGAGAACAGUCUAUCGCUUACGGGGUCUCCCUUUUUGCGGGGUAGACCUCUCCGGCCUUCCCAAACUCCGCUGCUUCAGCCCUCUUCCGCUUCCCUGUGCUCAGUGUCCUGUACACAGAGAGAAGUCUGCAGGGAGUACUCUCUCUGUGUGGAAGAAGUCUGGUCCAGGCUCAACGAGCUGAAGCUGGCUUGCUUUCUCGGGCAGCAGGAGGAGAGGGCUCAGGAAGAGUGUUCAGGGUGGGCUGUCAAGGUGGUGAAGGGUAACCUCGGGAGCUGGGACGGCAACUGGGGACUUGGCAGAGAGCAGCAGGAGGACAAGGGCAAACUCGCUUCUUUCCAGCUGGGGCUGAUUGAAUCCAGUGAAGUGUGUGCGCUCAAGCAGGGAAUGAAUGCCGGCUCAACACAUCUGCGAAGUGCAUCUCAAGAGCAGUAUCGUCGCUCUCUCAAAGCUGUGAGCCCAAGUUCUCUGUCUCAAACCUUGGCUCAGAAGCAGGGGAGGAGGGACUGGGCCAGCUCUCGCGCUUUGCAAGCUGCUGACUUGAUUCUUCCGCUUGCUGGUAGCACAUCAAGUGUACUAGCUGGUGCAAGGGCUUCAAGGGCAAGUGAGCACAUUUUCCCGGACUUGGCCUCGCUUUCAGGGUGA